AUGCAACGCCUCUUCCAGAUGCAAGAUCGACGGCAGGGUCAGUCACCGUACCCCAUGGUAUCGAUGGAGGAGGCCUGGAGAACUGUCCAAGAAGUGGCACUUGCCUUGGCGGAACGACUGCAGCAAGCUGGACCCGUUCUCGCAAACUGGGAUGAUGCCGCACUGCAGUCGGGAACGGCAGUUUUGGCGGACGCUAUCACCGCUCCCUGGCCGGUACCACGCUUUGAUAUGGCACUAAAGGACGGAUACGCUGUCCGUAGUCAAGACUUGCUUUCGAGCCGAACACUGCGCUGUAUAGGUUGUCAGGUGGCUGGGCAGGUAACACCAAAGGUCGACGGCCUCGCUGCGGGCACCUGCAGGUACAUCACCACGGGAGCUCCGCUACCACCAGGGGCAGACGCUGUCGUUCCUGUCGAGCAGGUGCAGGUGCUUGAGAACGAGACAUCAGGAAGCGCCCCGAAAAGCUCAGACGAACCGUUUGAGUCUUUCCAUAUUCUGGUUGCAUCCGGUUACAGCGUUCCAGCCGGCUCCGAGGUGCGCCACCAAGGCGACGACGUCGCUUUCGGUCAAGUCGUGCUAGAACGAGGUCAACAACUGGGUGCUGUUGAACGCAGUGUUCUCUGUAGCUUUGGCGUUCAACGAUCGAUACCGCUGCAACGAGUUCCGCGAGUUGCCGUGCUCUCUACUGGCAGCGAACUUUGCGACCCGUCGGCGUCACCAUCCUCGCUCACCGCUGGAAGCGUCUACGACUCGAAUCGUCCGUUGCUACUGGGUCUAUUACGGCGCUACUUACCACCAUCGCAUAUCAUUGAUGCCGGUAUCGCUUCUGACGAAGAAGUCGCUGACAAUCUCGCGGCACUUUUGACGAAUGCACAGCAGGAUGUACUCAUUAUCAGCGGCGGUGUGAGCAUGGGCCUCAGUGAUGUCGUGAAACCGCUCCUGGCUCAGCAUGGACGCAUUCAUUUUGGUCGAUUGCGGAUGAAACCGGGCAAACCGAUGACCUUUGCAAGUAAUCUUUGUUCAACGAAGCGGCCCUGGCUCGCGUUCGCGCUCCCCGGUAACCCAGUGAGUAGCAGCGUCUGUUUCGCACUUCUUGUCGUCCCAGCAAUUCAACUGCUGAAAGGUGUCUCCAUAGAACGAGCCUAUCCGCGCUGCAUCAUCGGUCGUCUAGCGCAUGUCGUGGUACCUGAUGCGGAGCGCCCCGAGUUUCAACGAGCGCACCUGCUUGCACCGACGUGUCUGGGGAGCUUUUGUCGGAGCAGCGCAACAAGCGAAUCCUUCAGCUGCUUUGCACGAAUGACGGAGGUAUCUCUGACGUCCGCCUUGGAUUCGAAACAGGCCGAGUCCUAUCUGCCACUGUUCUCCAUAACCGGAAAUCAAUCAAGUACUCGACUACAGAGCGUUGUUCACGCCGAUGUGUUGGUGUAUGUGCCACCGGGAACUGAGCCGCUACCCGCAGGCACACUCGUGCAUGCUGUUCUGCUGGAUGCGAACUGA